AUGGCAGCUUCGCACGAGUCCAUCGACGUCACGACGAUCAACUGGGCCGAGGACGCGGCGCGCGAGCUGAAGGCGCACGUGUACACGACGCUCAAGCUCCCUCCCGACCUCGGGAAGCGCGUCCAGCAGCUCUACGGCGAUGCCGAGAGAGCGUUCGACGACCGCGCGUCGAGGCGGCAGCUGCGGGUGCCCGAAGACGACCGGGACGACCUGGACGCGCGGAACGGCUUCAUCGACGACCGGAAGCGCGAGUGGCUCGAGCUGCACACCUCUAUCCCCGCCGACUUUGGCGGCCCGGUCGACGCGCCUCCAGCCACGCGCCUCCUCGAGUGCGCCUGCGCGGUGGAGCACGCCUUUCGCGCCCUGUGCCAGCAGGUGCUCGAGGUGCUCGCGCGUUCUUCGCCGCCGCUCGCGGCGCUGGUGGCGGAGGAGGCUCGCUCUCCGCUGCCGCCGCCUGGUGCGCGCGAGAGCUCGCGAGGCUUUGCCGAGUCGAUGCUGCGCGUGUACAGGCAAAGCGAGCGCCGCCACGCGCCGCCUCGCUCCGCGCACGAACACCGCGCGCGCGCGCUGCCGCGGUACGAGAUGGGCGCGUAUGGCAGCGCCUGAGGAGGCGGCGCACGCCGGCGGAGCAUCCUCGAGGGUUCGACAUGCGGGGGGUUCGACACGCGGGGGGGGCGCGCCGAGACGGCGCGGCAUCGAGGCGCUCCCGCAGACUGCGCUGCCUCGGCACGCUGCCUGACGAGGCGCGCGCACUUUGCACAAGCGGCGAGGCAAUGUCGAGAGGGCAGAGGCGGGGUAGGCAAGCCCAUGUUGCGAUGGCAGAGAGAGCGGGGUAGGUCAUGUUGCGAGGGCAGAGGCGGAGUAGGUGGAGCUCAUGUCGCGAGGGUAGAGAGAGGCUGGGUAGCGGUGGAGGGUGACGAGGCAUGCGCCUCGCGCCCGCCCACCAGAAAGAGAGAGUGGCGCGUCUGCGCCUUAUGCGCCUAGCGGUAGCGGAGGGGGGGAGAGUCGAGAGAUAGAUCAGAGACUGAGGACCCGUAAGUGAUGUCCCACAUGUUCGGCCUGCCGUCGGGCCAGGAGGCUCCUCAGUGGGCGUCUGUUUUAAUUUGCAUAAUCCAUUAAGUCAAAUUCUGUCAAACACGUCACGCGGGGGAUCCCCUAGCGCCGAGGCCCUAGCUGGUUGCGAGAGGGACGACGCUCGACGGCGACGCCCGCCCCCCUUGUCCGUU